UUCUUUGAAAACCAAAAUAUUGAAAAACACAACAAAACAUCAGUUUGAAGUUGCUUUGCUAUUCAACAGCACAUAAAAAUUAAUUUAAUUGGAAUUUUGCAUUUUGGAUAUUGCGCGCUAUAAUAGUUAGUUCAACAAUAGUGACUGUGUUUAACUUGAACAGUAUCUUUUCGAUAAACUUUUUACAGUUUUUGGUAGAACAAAAAUCGAAAAUCCAAAUUCGUUUUCAUCACUCUAGUGUAUUCGUGUACAGUGUGAUAUCAAAUUAUACCAAGUGUCCAAAUUCAGAGUUCAUACUUUUGAGUAUAUCCCAGUUCAAAGAAGAAAAUCAAUUUCAAUUUAACAGAAAAAUCGUUCCUGAAAAGAAAAAUAAAUGUGUGACUCAACAGAAAAUGGAAAUUUUGAGCAGAAUGACAGUUUUUCCAUAAACUUUAAUCAAGAUUUUACAUCCAUUUCUGUUGUCGGCAAUUCGGGCUAUCGCUUAUUUACCCUAGCGUCAGUGGAUAAAGUUGAAGAGAUUUUCUGCAGUAAUGAUGAAAGCACGGAAAUUUCGGAACGGCUAUUCAGUAGUAGUUUGGUGGCGGUUGUUACUACGGCCGAGCCACAUAAGUUGAAGGUAUGCCAUUUCAAAAAAGGAACCGAGAUCUGCAACUUCAGCUAUCCGUCAAACAUCCUAUCCGUUCGGCUUAAUCGGACUCGUCUGGUGAUCUGUUUGAAUGGCAGCAUUUACAUUCAUAAUAUUCGCGACAUGAAAUUACUACAUUCUAUUCGGCAUAUAGCACCGAGUGAUGCUGGCCUAUGUACAUUGUCGCUGAAUUCCCAUCUCGCCUAUCCCAUUUCGACUACCGUUGGUGAACUGCAAAUUUACGAUGCUGGCGAUCUGUCCGUUAAAAUUAAAAUCAAAGCUCACGAAUCACCGCUGUCGGCGUUAAAUUUUUCGCCCAACGGUUUGUUAUUGGCCACAGCAUCCGAAAAGGGAACCGUAAUUCGAGUGUUUUGUGUGGUUAACGGGCAAAAAGUUCAUGAAUUCCGUCGAGGCGUUAAGCGAUACGUUAACAUUGCAUCGCUUACGUUCAGUAAUUGUGCAACGUUUAUUUGUGCCAGUUCCAAUACCGAAACGGUACACAUAUUCAAAAUCGACCUAAAGGCCGUUGAAACCGCUGAAAGAUUGAAUUGCAACGGAGACGAUGGCGUCCUGACGGAGCAUAACGAUUCGAGUGGUGAAUUGGAUGUACAGGAAUCUCGGUGGACGAUGGGUUUUAUCACGAAGGCAAUGACUUCGUAUUUCCCGAGUCCGGUGAGCGACGUUUUGAAUCAAGAUCGAGCUUUCGCAACCGUUCAAUUGGCUCAAGCUGGACUUAAGCAUGAAUGUGUGAUUGUUAAGUUGGAAAAGGAAACGAAAGUUUUGGCUGCGUGUACAGACGGAUUUUUGUAUAUUUACAAUUUUGACGAUGUUAAGGGCGGUGAAUGUAAAUUACUUCGAGCCCAUGAUUUGAGGAAUCCUUUAUUUGGAAUAACUGAAGUAAACUUGGACUGUGAUAAAAAUGAUUCAACAAUAGUGAUGAAAAAUAGUGUUCAACCAGCUCCGGGCUCGUAUGCCAGUGUUUUGAAGGGCCGAGACAAGGAUCGAAUGUCAGCUUAAAUCAAAACACAAAAACACAGGCCACCUCCAAAAAUUUAUCCAAAAAAAUUAUAUCUUCUAUUUAGCAGAAUCGGAUCGCUGCAGAGAUUUAUUGGAAGCGGUGUGUGAAUAUCCGCCGAGAAGUAUGUUUGAUGAGGUACACUUUCCGCCAGUGGCCGUUUCGACUAAUUGACAAUGGCGGAAAAAGCGUUCCGCUAAGUAUACGGAGGAUGGUUUUUUGUUAAUUUAAGUUUAAAAAAAACACAAUUUGUGUGUAACUGUAUGCAGAACAAAAAUAUUUAUUUUUAUCGUUUUAAGGAAUUCAAUUCAAUUUGUUUCGUAUUUUCUUCACCUUCGUGUAAGAUAACAAAUUGUGGAUUAUAUUAGCCAGAUAUUCGAGUAGAAAAUGCCGUUGUAAAUAAGUCUAAAAAUUUGCCAACUAUUCAAAUUUCAAAUAUGACAACUAAUUUCGGGCAGCAACGUUCUUACAUCAAAGAUGAGUGUCAAGACAGUCGUGUUAUUAAUUCGUAUAGUAGUUAUCUUGUAGUAAAUGAGGUAUCAGUACAAAUGAAAUCUCUUAAUUUAUCCUCAUAAAUUGAGCCGCCUUGCGGUUCAUUACAGUAAAAUAUCGACUCUCUUAUAGCUCUGAAAUAUGAGUCACAGAAGAGGACAUUUUUUUUUUAAAUUGAAACAUCUGAGGUGUUAUUCAUGCAUGCAUUUCGUCAACAUUCUUAUUGUUUUAUCGCUCCAAUACUCAAAGAAGAGUGUAUUGACUUUAAAAAUACACAACGACUGUCCAAACACGAAAACGUUUGUUAAAUCAGUUGACGAAAAAUGUUCUGCAUUUCAACAAAUCAUAAACAGUAAAAAGUCUUUGUUUUAGAUUACCGGACACAUUUUCGACUAUUAAGUGAAAAUAGAUUGUUAUCCGGGAGUUGUUUUUAAGCUUUUCCACCUCACACACUUUUUCAGAUUCAGAUUCAACGUUUCUUUAACCCUGAAAUAUUUGCCUUUUGGCCUCGAAGGACAAGCUUUGGGUGAAUGUGGUGCGCCAUGUGCAUGCACCGAUUUUCUAAGUAAAUUCCAGACUCAAUGCCUAAUUGUAAAAUGUAUUGAAACGGAAAAAUCUGCAGUCGUAGUUCUGUCAGUUGUUUUAGUCUACUGAAAAUACUUCGAUCGUUGUUUGAAACAUUAAGUGCAAAGUACUUUAUCAGGCUCUACCUAGAUGUGUUAUUAUGACACGAGGUCGCGUAGCCCGUCUUCGAGCCAAAUAAUUUAAUUUGCAUCGAGGUUCAUACAGCUGUUUAUGCAACAGAGACAUCUAAAGUUCGCAGUUUUCGAGUUGCAUAAAGUACUUAAUUAGGCUCACGAUAUAUAUAUGACACACUGUAGUAUUCCACACAGAAAUUUACUGGAAUGAUAAUUAAACGAAAUUUAAAAAAAAACUGGACCUUCAUCCUCGUGUCUGAUCUAGAGCAUAAGAAAGUACUUCACCAUUAUGCAAUGCGAUUAUGCAAAAAAAAAGUACGUCAAUGGAUUUUCAUAUAUUUACGCACUAGUGUGUCAAAGUGACAUUUGUAAAAAUGUGGAUCCCAUUUUGUACAUAAAAUCUCGUUUCUAACACGUUAUUGUACACACACGAUGUGUUGCUAUGUCACAUCUAUUGAGAAACAAUCCCCUUUCACUUACUUGUCAUCAAAAUAACUUUGUUGAACAAAAAGGAAGAAUUUUGAGCAGAAAUUGUUGAUGAAAUUGGAUGAGGAUUAGUUAGGAGUGUAAAAUUGGCUUAUAUUCAUAACAGAUUUAAACCAGUAACCAUCAGUAACGUUUACACGGCAUUAAGGUAGAUCAAAAACCUCUGAAAUAUUCAUUUAAAACCCCAAUACGAAUUAUUUAUCCAAAGCAAUAUAAAAUGUAUGUCAAACCGAUAUAAUCAAUUCAUAUCUCCGAAAGCAAUGAUUCAUCAUACAUUGAUCAGACAUUCAAAGAUUUUACCUUACUACAAAUCGAAUUUCAAAUUAUAUAAACUGCAAUUAUCUUUAACGCUGCAUUGUAUAGAAAAAGUAAUAAACCAAUCUGCAAAUAUUAUUUUAAAUCAAACAAACUCAUCACAAAAUCCCUAAAUAAUUACAAAUAUAAAUGAAAUUUAUUUAUUUUCAAAUAGGCACAACAUUUAUUUUAGUGGUUAUUAUCAAAGGAAUAUCGUUAUUGUGUUCUGACAAAAUAGAAAUCAAUUUAUAAAUUUCCAUUCCAUGAAAUGUUUUACGUUAAAUGUGUCCGUGGGUCCAUAGAAUUAAAAACAUUUUGAUUGAUAUAACCACAUCAGUCACACAUUUUAGAAGAAAAUAAAAUUCACAAAAGGAAAACAUUUUCUCUUUUGUUUAACUUACAAAGAAAAAAAUCAAGAGAUUAAUAUUAAAUGUUUAAAAUAGACAGAAAGGAAAAUUUUCUGGAAAAAAAAAAAUUAAAAUCACAUAAAUCAAUGUUGUAGACAGAGUAUAUGUGUAACGAACAAUUAAAAACUUUUUUUUUUUGAUAAAUAGUUGAACACUUUCGAUCGUCUCUAAUUGACUCAUUUAAAUUUUAUUUCUAAUCGUAUGGUUUAGUGUAAAUAUUUUGCCACACUUUUUUUAAAAAAGAAAAUAGAAAAGUUCAGUGAGGUUUGCUCACCUCGAAGCACAUCCAUUUUUAAUAUGGUUUAUUUUUCUCACAUUUCACCGAAUGAAAUCGAUUCACAAAUUUAAUUACCAUAAAUGAUCUUAAGUCGUUCGGUUUGUUCAAAGCCAAUUAAAAACGCCUUCACACAGUUAUAACGUACAAAAAAUGUAAAAAAAAUGUUUUUUUUUGAGCUGCAAUAAUUUUUAAGACUACGAUGACUGUUACUGAAUAUCUCGCAUCGUGGGAACAAAAAAGUUCGAAAGCUCCGGUGUUCUCCGACUGAAACAGUUAAGACUAGUUCCUUUUUCAAUUUCAAUGCGAGAUACUCGUUCAGUUUGUCAACAUUCUAAUCGUUAUAGUGCAAAAAUGGAGCAAAAAAAUAAUUAUCAGAUGAUCUAAUUAAUUGUUUGUCGUUAAUUAG